AUGCAGGAAGCCGAUAUCGCCGGCCCAUCACAUUCAUACGAUGUGGAGUUUGAUGAAGAUUUCAUUCGAAAUGCCGGUCAUAUGUCGAUCGAUAAAUUACUGGAGGAGCUUGAUUUAUUGAAAAGAGACACCCAUCCACUUUUGCUCACUGAACGUCGUAAAAUCGGAAAACAGAGGCAAGUGCAGGAUACGAGAAUUUUGCGACAUCGAGCGCGAGCGGAAGAUAGAGCAAAGCACGAAUAUGUCACUAGGGAGCGGGAAUACACAGCUCAGUUCGAAGUCCGGGUACGAGAACUGGAGGAGGAAGCGAAUGGGCGUGUGGACGAAAUGGAAAAGUACAAUAUCCAAGAAUAUGGUGUGAUUGACAUCACAAAAGCUGGCGGAACUCAACAAUCUUUUGAUACCAACAAGAAGACUCUGAGAGGAAGAGGAGGAGGGAAUCUUAUAGAACCUGCAACAUACUUCAAUUCUCAUCCACCCACGAAAAUACCAGAAUUCAAUAUCACACUGGCAUUUGAAAAUGCAAGAAUUCGGGGAGAUCUAUUUGCCAUAAGAAACCGUCUACCUUCGCCUGUGCCUGGUGUUAAAAAAAGAAACCUAAAUGUUACUAUUAUAAAACCCAAAUUGAUCUUCGAAAAUAGAACAUUCAAGCAUGGAGAGGAUGUAAUUGUUUGGUGCAAAACAUUCAACGAAAUUCAUGCGAAACUCGAUAUUGUCAAUGAAAAAGUCAUAGGUUUGAAAGGGAUCAAUGGAUGGGAUUCACGCCAAUUAACAGCAACUACCGAGGAUUUGGAAGAAGGACGUGUGAUCAUUACCAAACUAAAGGGAAAAGAUAAACUGCUAUAA